GAGUCAUUCCCCAGUAUUUCCCGUGCCCUGGGCCUAAUGAUCCAGAUCAAGCAUGCGAUUGAUUAUCUUAACCUUACAUAAGCACAUCUGCAUCAUCCUUACACCGAUACCAUCUCACCACCCAUCCAUCUCAGCCUUGCCUCAUUCUUCAACCAGCCUCUACUCUGUAGUUAUAUUAAGAAGCGCUUUCUCUCACCGCCUAUAGACUAUUUUAGACCCAAUACUUCAAAUAGAUCAAUAAAUGUGUAUUAAGCAUAUCAUAACCCUAUUUUCCCGUCCGAUGUUCAUCUCCUCGCCAUGUCAUAUGUCAGCCUCUUUUUCACCCAAAAAUGCGUGGCACGGUGCUUCCAUGUGCUACGAAUAUAGGUUUUGUACAUGGUAUGACUUUUUGUACCCAUGAAUGAAGAUGCAGGAACGAAGACAUGAAAUGUCAUUGGUGUGAUGGCUUGAUAUCCCGGUAUUUUGUGGUACAGUCUCGUGAGAUGAGGAAGUGAUUUUGUGGUAUAUCAUCGGCAUCUAUUUUCGUGUUUCCAAGAACUAGCUCUGUAGCCGUGAGUUAGUCUAUGAUAAAAAAAGAAAAGGAGAAAUAGAUAUUAGACUACACUCUUGCUAUUUGGUUCCAUCUCGUACUUCAUACACGAGUAUAAAUUGCCACUGAAUCGUACAUCAUUUUCAUAUCAUCACCAUCAUCUACGCAACUCAUCUUUCCCAAAUACAAAUCAUGUUCACUUCAACUUCAACCUCAACCCCAACCUCUCGAGAUCUUGCACAGCCAAAACUGGAAUAUCAACUCGUAAACAGCACGCCCCUCAACCCAAACGUGCUUAAAGAUCUCGCCGUGCGCGCCUUAAUUCGCAAACAAGCGAUGAAAAAAGUCACCGCCGCUCGGCGCCGAGAUGGGGGUUAUGGAAAACAUAAUUUGAGACAAUAUCCGGUUUUUGUGACGGAUGGAAAGAUGGAAUGUGAGGCGUCGGAGCUUAAGGUUAUUGGAAAUGGAUUGAAUGGGGGAGGAAACUUCGGGGUUGGAAGUGGGGAUACGAACGCGAAUGAAGUUAUGAAGGGAGAGAGGCUCGAAAGGGGGGAUAAAUAUACGGCAAAUACGCAUCGCCGUCUGGAACAUCAUUCUUUUAUUCCAAUAAUUGGAUUAGGAACUAGUAAGGAUUCGACUGUGAAUACGAGGAAUAAGUUCAGAGCUCCAAAUUCCAUAACUGAAGGAAAAAGUCAAGAAAAAAAACGAAGUAAUACUCUCAUAGGGCGUGAGAAACAACACUGGAAUAUAAAAACCCUUCCCUUCGAUCCAGUUAUCCCCUCUUCAAUUUUCUCACCUACAUCUUAUGAACUCAUGCUCUCGAAAUUCGGCUUCGAUAUCUUGGAACUCUCAACAUUGGCUACUUUGCACGUGGGGAGAGCGACGAGAAGAGCACUGUGUAAGAGUCCGGAAAGUAUUGUGCACCAAAUAAGGACGCAGAAACAGUGGAGCUUUUUGAGUUUUUUACCUAGUACGUGUCCUCUCAUUCUUAACCAGCCAUGCUAUCUUUUCAAUCAAAGCACCAUCUAACCAAUCCACUUAGAUCGUUAUGGUCACAGCCCCUGCCUCUCCGCAGCAGUCGACUGCGUCGUUGCGCGAGCCCGCCAAAUAAUUUCUUGUCCCCACAAUACGAAGUUCUGGGAACCACUCGUACUAUCACACUACAUAACCGCGCUUGAAACACUGCAACGUGCACUUGACUCACCCACAACUCGGUAUAAACCUGAAGUUCUUUGUGCUACAGAGAUACUCGCUUUAUACGAAUUACUCCAGCCAUCUGGAGAGGCGGCAUGGAUUCGUCACUCGGCUGGUGCUGCUCGUCUGAUUUUGCUACGGAGACCUGAAUCCUACACGACAGAUUUUGAACGCGCGUUGUUCAUGGGCCAUACGGGUCCGAUUAUGACUGAGGCUUUGUUGAAUGGAGAGCGGUGUUUUUUGGAGCAAAGUGCGUGGCAGAAUUUAUUGAUGUCUGUUAUAUGUAAUGAGGAAUACUACACAGUGAGUGAUCGCAGCGAGAUUGUAGUGCUUUUGAUUAUGGCGAAGAGUAACAUCCCGGGAACGUUUUGGGAUAUGACGCAGCUUCUAUGCAGAGAAGAAGAACCCAGUCUCGAAUAUGUAGUACAGAUACAAAAAUGGUGUAGAGAAUUGCGUCAGCGGUUUAUGAAUUGGAAAUGCAAGUAUGAGGCAUUGAUUGGAGAAGCUGGCGAUGUGGGAGAGGGAACGAUGGAAUUUGAUCGUCGGGCAAAAGCGUAUGCGACUUUUUUGAGCUGCGUCAUGUUUUCGAAUCGGCUGCUGGGAUGUGUGAGUCCCAAGGAAAGAAUAAAGUUGGAGCGGGAAACGCAAAAGAUGGCGAAAGAGAUGUUAGUGUUGGAUGAAAGGGUUAGGGGGGCGAGUAAGGCUGCGGAUUUGUUUAUGCAGCAAACGGCCGGGGUGGCGAUGGCCACUCAGGCGUCUAGACGGAAUUUUGAAGAGGGAGUCGGAAGAACAGACCCUGGAGGGUUGAGACAUGGUUUUGUGGAGAAAGAGGUGUUCGAGAAAUGGUGUGUUAGUUUUGGGAGGAAGAUCGUGGUUGUUUAGGCGACUGGAGGAGAUUUAAUGCACGAGAAGUAUUACUAUAAGAGGUAGUUGUACUACAAUCGGAAAUGAAAUGCCUUGAACUGGGAUUCAUAAUUGAAUGUUAGACUUCAAAGUUAGGUGGAUUCUUCUAUACGCUCAUUGUGU